AUUUUGGUUGCUGUGCCAUCCUGUCGGCAUGUCAACAAAUGUCCCCCAUCCCCGGAUGCAAUCUUCGUUGACAUGGAGGCCACAUUUAUUGAAUCUCUGAUCACAAUUUUUCCUCCCUUUGACACGAAUACACGAUUAUAUAUGAUUGCAAUAUCCUGAAAUCUUUCUCGCGAACUCCAUAUUGUAUUUGCCAUCUGCAAGUGGGGUUGCUACACCCUCAGAGACUCACAUUCCAACGGUUGUUCCACCAGCAAUUUUGCUGUAACCAUCAGCAAUGGCAAAGCCUACACCUUCCGACGACGACUUUGGAAUCCAUGUCGACGGCUCCUGUCUCACCGAUUCGACAGACCUGCACGCAUCUCCAAAGAGGAAUGUCUCCGACCAAACAGUUAUCCACCACGACGAAGUCCACGAGAAGACCGAACAGGACGAGCAUACAGAAGCACUCAUCCAUGCCGCUGCACGAGCAAUUAUUACGAGCAUCGAGCAAGAUGCAUAUGACAAACAUGCUGGUUCUGUCAUAAGCGACCUGAGCUACAGUGGCGUCGAUGGAUCGGAUAACUGCUAUACUGAAGGAUCGAAUUUAACAUAUGGAGAGGAGGCGGAGAUGAGCUACGGAGAGGGAACCGAGAUGAGCUAUGAGGGCGACCAGGAAAAUUCAUACAAUGAAGACAUUCAUGGCGACCCCUACGAUGGCUCUGGUAGCUCACACCAUGAAGACGACGUCUUCAGCCACGGCAGGAGAAGCUCCGGCGGGAGUCUCAAUUCAAGUGACGAACAAAACACAGAUGAAGAGAGGCGGUACCAGCUUACAAAGUCCGACAACAAAGCCGCACAAGCGGAGAACAGAUUCGUGCAGCAUGAUGAACAGGAGAAGGAGUUGGACAAUGAAAUGAACAACAUACCUGAAACAAUAUCUCGAAUUCCCAGCAUGGCCUCAAACGCCUACUCUAUGCUACCGGAGCCGCUAUCUUUCUCCUCCGUAACUUCGCCUCACACGCCCAGCAAAGUCCUCAACCGCCCUCCUUUCAGGACCCCAAGCUCAGUACGGGCAAUGCAAAUGUCCAGCCCGACACCCUCAGUCUUUUCCGGCUCACCGACGUCACGCAAGAGGGUGAAUAGCUCGCGCAUAUCCACGCCAAACAGACUCCAGUCUUCGCUCACGAAGCACAGGACUCCCACCAAAUUUAAAGCAAAGGAAGAGCAUCCCUUAGUUCUCUUACACGUCACUGUCCUCCCAUUACACUGGCAGCAUGCCCAGAUAAUGGACACAGCGCCACCAGACGUGCUAUCGAAAGACCUUCUAGCUGUGCGAGAGAGCUGGAAGCUGCUCCAAGACAAACUUGGCGAUACCGUGUUUGAACGGGGCGUCCUACUUCCCCACCCUCAAGAUUCAUAUGAGACUCUCGAAGAGAGACUCUGCGCUGCACUGGAGCUUCCCAUGCGUCCCCGUGCCAAGAUCCUCGCUUGCGGACACUACGUCGGGCCCUCCACAUCCUUCUCUGACAGCGAGCUGUCCUCGUCUGACUCUUCUGAUUCCGAGGAUCUGGACUCGGAAGUGUCCACCAAGUCUCUGUGGUGCGACAUCUGCUGCCGCGAUGUCCGUUUCGGGAAGUUCGAUUCAAUGCCAGGGAGGCAGAAGAAGAGCUUCAAGGUCAAGCUGUUUGCGUCGAAUGGGCUUAUGGGAGCUGGUGCCUGGGCAGCGUGUUGGAGGGAAAUGGAGAGGGUGGAUGUGGAGAUUACGCCGUGGGUUGAGGCCGCUGCCGCGAAGGAGAUCAAUGAGUUGACAGAAACGGUCAUGGCGCAUCAAGCCUCUGACGAGGGACAUUUUGAAGAGGUUCACCACAGUAUUAUGGAGGAGCCGGUGCCUUCUGUUAAGAUUGAAGCUCCAGAGGAGGAAAGCCAUGCCGACUUUGCCGACAUUGCGAGGAGUGAAAGGGACGCGAUGCGAUUGAGAGAAAUAUAUGGUGAACAACCAUCUCAAGCACCAGAGCAAGGUCCCCACCCUCAACAACAUGAUCCUCACCCGCAGCACGAUCCCCAUCCUCAGCACGAAAGUCCUUCAAGCAGACGCCCAACUGCUCGACAUCAGCAGGACGAAUCCUUCGUCACUCUCCUUGUGGCUGCCGCCAAAGUGCUCGUGCAAGACAAGAAGAACGUCAUGAUUUUCCUUCUCAGUCUAGUCGUCCUGCUGCUUGCCGUUAGGCCUGGAGGAGCACCACCGGUAAACAGCUUUCAGAUGCAGGAGCUGGCAAUGCAGAGGUUUGAGCAGGAGGCGGCGGCUCGCAUGGCUGCUAAUGUUGUGCAGCCGGUCGUGCAGAUGGUUGCAAAGGUGGAACAACAGGAAAUACACGCCCUAGAGCAGGCUCCGGUGCAAGUCGUGGCUCGGGCUGAAGUUGUGGAGGAGAAGAGGCAGGUUCCUGUUCAGGUUCCCGUUCAGGUCCCCGUUCAGGUCCCUGUGCAGGAGGCGGCAUACAUUGAGGUUGAAGAAGCGGAGCCUGAGGUCCCUGCCCCAGCAGCUGUUCCAGAACAACAAGCUGUCGACGCGGUGCCGGAAAUCGAGGAAGAAGCGGUCGUUGAAGUGGCAGAACCGGUACAGGAGGAGCCUUUGGCCUCUUCAAUUGCUGAAGAAACUGAAGAAUCCGGCCCUACCCCUCAGGUAGAGGCAACUGAGGAAGCUUCUACUUCUACAGAAGCUUUGGAGGACGCAGUGGACUCUGAGCCUGCUAUCGAAGCUGAGGCUGUCGAGGCAGUUGAAGAAGCCGAGCCUUCCUCAGCUGCCUCAGUGGAAGCUGUGGAGUCCAUCGAGCCUGUCGUCGAGGUCGAAGCAGUUGAGACUGAGCCAGCUGAGGUCGAACCAGCCGAGUCGGAACCUGUACUAUCAGAAACUGAGACUGUCCAGCCCGUUGCCGAAGCUGUCGAGGAGCCUCAAGAAUGAGUGCUAGGAGACGAAAUGGGGAUUAAAGUUUAUUAUUUGUGUUGAAACUGGGUAUCAUUUGAUAGUGAGCGAGCUAGCGAGCGGGCGAUUUGAAGGAUUGGAUUUGGCUUUUAUGUUUACGAUGUUAAGAAGGCAGCGAGUUUGGGUACUAGGUUGUUGUCUCGUUCCCGCAAAGGUCGGGGGUGAAAGUCAGUAUAAGGAGGGAGGAGUGGAUGGGAUGAAGAUAUAUGUGAAGGGGAUUGGACUUGAGAUGCCUGUUAGGGCUUUAGUAGAAUAGUCAUAUUCGAAUCUAUACUCUAACAUGAGA